AAAGGAAAAAGGUUUCCAUUCUUCAUUUUCUUGUCUAAAAUCUUUUAUUCUUCCUUCGCCACCUUGUUGUGAUUGGGUCAGCUGAGUUGAAUUCUGAUCCAGAGAAUUCCAAAUUCAAUUGGGAGAAAAACCGAGCAAGAUGGGCGGCGCAGCACACGCUCUGAAGAGAAUCCCACGAAUCAAAUUCCCCCCGAGGCAUCCUAAACCUCCCGGGACUACCUCGUCCCAGGCUCAAACAACAUCUGCAUCUGGAGAUGCUUCACGGCCAUUUUUUCCAAGGCCUCCUAGCAUGACUCCUGGAGGAAAGGCCUCUGACCAGCCCAGAAGAACUCCAGUGUCACAAGAGGAGAUUGAGGCUAUCUUGUUGGGUGGCACUCUGUGAAGGAACACAAUUCGAGAGUAUAUUUCACGAACAUUUUGGCUUUCUCAGACAUGUACCCAUGUGUUCAGGGCAAUUGGACACAACUUUGAAGAUUACUGACUAUGAUCUACUUAUUUUCGUUUUACUCUUUAUAAUUUUUGAAGAUUUGAGACUAUAAUCUUCUUCUUGUCGUUUUGGGGUGUCAUGGAGGUUUUCAUGAUAUUGUCCUUUCUGGUCCUUUUAUACCCCGAUGGCGCUUGUAGAGGCUUCAAAUCUUAACAAUUUCCUUGAAGAAAUUUGGUUUA